GCCUUCCGAGUCUCAGCUGCAUGUCUGAACACCCAGCCAACCGCGGGCUUACCAUGCGACUGCCGUGUCUCAACCAUACCUGGCGGUAAGAAGAACAAAGAACGCGAACAUGGAGCGCUGCUACGAAAAAGCUGUUGGGGAUCAUAAUAAAUGGAUGUUCAACUGCUGUAAAUCCCAACUGUAGUUUUCCAUCUAUCACGUCGACAACAAUGUCUGCACCAAUGGACGACUCCUUCUACACAAACGACAUGGACAAUUACUCCCUCACACACUACACCGACUUUCCAGAAAAACCGCCCUGUGACAACAGCUCCAAUAAUGUCGACCCACGUCUCCUGAGCUCACCUCAAAACGCUCCUCCUGUCCUUAACAACGAUCCAGCUCUCUUCCCCUUCGACUACAACAUCUUCAGCCCUCAUUCCAACCAAAGCUUCUUUCCCGAUCAAGAGCAACCUUUUCAAUCUUUCGAACCCAUGCGCCAUCAAAUGCUCGGACACCGUCGUAGUGUCUCUGUACCCCCCGAAGACAUGACGUCAGAAUGCGUGCAGCCACCACCCGCCAUGGUAUUCCACCGUGGCGGCACACCCUUGGGCGAUCAAAUGGCUACUGGAAAAGCACGUGGCAGCAACAGUAAGAAAUGGCUCAAGAAGCAUGGACUGCAGAAGAGGCAAAUACAGAGACAUGCACCUUAUCCUUCGCUAUCCAGCGAGUCGAUUCCGAGAAGCAACAUACCCGUGUUUCCUCCCUACCAACUGGUUCAGAAUAUGGGUCCUACGAGCGCACCUCAACGGAUGAGAUAUGCAGUCGCUCCCCAGGCUGUGAUGCGGAAUCUCGACAUGACGACAACUCGAACGUUAUUAGAGUAUCCUGAUGACUUGAGCCGCAUUGGUGCCACAAGUGUCAUCGGUCACUUAGAUGGUCCUAAUACCCUGAGAGAUCUCGACGCCUUGGCUUUUGGACAGAGAAAGGAGCUUGACAGUGUUGCUUUGGGUGUCCUUGGUUUUGCAGAACGUAUAUCGAGAGACUGUUACGCGUUGACGUCUUUUGUUGAAUGGACGUUCAAGGAUGGUGAGGAAGAUGAAGUCGCGCGUAUCCGACAAGAAAAACGUGCUGUCAAUCACAAGGCAACUACUCUUGAAGAUGGACUUGAGAUGCUUCCUCUUCAAGAUGGACAAGCUGAAGAAGAAGCCAACGUCCCUGUCACUGGUCAAGAUGUCAGAAAUCUGAAUGCUGAACAGACCAAUGCUCUACUCAAAGUCUACGGCAUCUCUCACACCUCGGACAUGUUCUUGCAUGACAAGAAGUUGGCAUAUCUACGUUUCGUGGGCGCUAGUCGUGUACUCAUGCAUCUCAUUCUGGACUGAAGCGCGACGGAAAGGGUCACAUGAUAUCCAACGAACGGGAGCGAGACGUAUUUUGGGGGGUGUGCAGAGAGAAGGAAUUGUCGAUUCAUUGUGACUUUCCGGAAACUGGAAAAGUGGAAAUGCUGAGGUCAUCACCCUGUCUUGUUUUUUCCUCCUUUUGUAUAUCGUCAAAACUGUGCCCGAGAUGGCAUCACGCAUAUAUCAGAGCACUAAAGAUGUUCAAUUGAUCGUAGACUAUCCGAAC